AUGACCGACCAACACUUGAUAGUUGCCAAAAUCGUGGCCAUUGUGGUUCUGCUGCUGGUCACCCUGGUGUUCUGCUUCAUUCCCUAUCUGCUGGAUCGCUUCUACAAGUGGACAUCCCGACCCCAGAGCGAUGCUCGCGAGUUUAAGGUGGUCCUCUGCCUGCUUAACUUUGGCGGAGGCGUCCUCAUAGCCACCACCUUCAUCCAUAUGCUGCCCGAGGUGGUGGAAGUGGUGAGUGCACUUCAGGAUUGCCGAAUGCUAAUACCCACUCCAUUUGGGCUGCCAGAGGUCCUGCUAUGCACCGGCUUUUAUCUGAUGUAUUGCAUCGAGGAAACUAUGCACUUCAUAGUCCGGCGAAGACAGCAACGCAAACGCCAGCUCAUAGUGGGUGUGGAGGUGAUGCAGAAGGGGCAGGUUGUCGAGCUGGAGGAACCGGAGAAGCCUAAGGAUCAGCCCCAAGAACCCAACUGGCUUCGGGGCCUGGGAAUCAUCGUGGCUCUGUCCCUUCAUGAACUAUUUGGCGGCAUGGCCAUUGGCCUGGAGAUGAGUGUCAGCACUGUGUGGUUUAUGUGCGGCGCCAUCGCAGUCCACAAACUUGUCCUGGCCUUUUGCAUAGGCAUGGAGAUUAUGAUGGCUCAUACGAGGUGGCUACUGGCGGUCGUCUAUCUGCUUGUCUUCUCGGUGGUAACUCCCAUAGGAGUGGGAAUCGGGAUCGCGGUUAGCGAGUCCUCUGCUGCAAACGAACCGAGCACGGUAUCGGGAAUCCUGCAGGGCCUGGCGUGCGGCACUCUGAUCUAUGUGGUCUUCUUCGAGAUUGUGGCCAAGAACCAUGCCGGCCUGCGGGUCCUCCUGUCUUCGGUGUUGGGAUUCAUUCUAAUGUUCGGUCUCCAGAUAGCAAUUGGAGAAGCCAAGGGCAAGAGUCACUAUGUCUGCCCCCAGACGAAGUUCAAAGAAGUGGCCCUUUCUUGACUUUGACUUGAAGUCAAGGCAAUGCUUUCUU